AUGAGCUAUGACCGUUAUGCUGCAAUUUGUUACCCACUUCACUAUCAUGACAUGAUGUCAACAAAAAAGCUUCAGCAUUUUCCAUAUGUGUUCCGUACUUUUAUGUCUCUAUAUUUUAUGAUGUUUCCUCCUCUGUUUAAUCCAAUUAUUUAUGGUAUCAGUGGUCAGGUUAUAAAGAAACAUAUUAAGAAAAUAUCCUGUGUUAACAAAAUAGCUAUCAUGAAAAAAUAA